AUGAAAUUAGCAAAAGCAUUAUAUUUUGCUGCCUUUUUAUUGGCCAUAAAUGUGUUAACCCCAGGAUCUAAUAAUUAUGUUGAAGCUAAACCCGCAAAUUCAAAAAAAGUAACCAAAGGUGGUGAUAAUGCAUUUAUUAGAAAAAUUAAAAAUAACAAAGUUGCAUUUAUAUCUACAUUAGCCGCAACAAUAGCAUUAGCAGUUGGUACUACGCUUGGUGUAAUGCAUUUUCAAAAGGAAGAAAGUGAUAACAAUCCAUCAUCUGCGAAUAAAAUACCUUCAAUUGUUGCACGAAAAAACACAAACUUAAUAUCGAAUAACAAACAUACACCAUUAAAUAUAAAAACUAGUACAAAACCAUCAAUAAUAGAAACUAAUACAAAAUCAACAAUAAAAACUAAUACAAAAACAUCAACAAUAGAUAAUGCUCCAAGCACAUAUCGCUAUCAAUUACGUUAUUUGUAG